CGCGUUUCCGUUGCAGCUUUGACAGCAGCUCCGUUUUUCACCCCUCUGCUUUCUUUAUUCCUCCCUGCCUCCCUCUUUCUUUCUCUAUUUAAUACGCCUGAGCCUGUCGCCCCUGUGUGUGAGUGUGUGUGUGUGUGUGUGAGAGAGAGAGUAUUUAUUUAUUUAUGCAUCUCAUCUGAAAGUACUUUGGGUUUUUUUCUUUUUGCUUUUUUUUUUUUUUUUUUUUUUUUCAUUUUUAGUCGUUCCUCAAAUGAGAAGACGUAAAAGAUGGAGCUUCAUAUUUUAGAGCACAGCUUGAAAGUGGCGAGUAUAGAGAAAGAGGGGAUCCAGAUUUGCACUCACGGAUUAAUAAAACUCGCCUUCUUGGCCUCUAAAACAAGAUGCAAGUUUUUCAGUUUGACAGAGACUCCGGAGGACUACACUAUUAUCGUUGACGAGGAAGGCUUCAAAGAGCUGCCUGAGUCAGAGCACAUCAGUGUUGCUGAUGCCACAUGGUUGGCCCUUAACGUGGUGUCGGGGGGCGGCAACGCCUCCAGUUCGCAACCCAUCGGAGUCACCAAAAUCGCUAAAUCAGUCAUCGCUCCGCUGGCCGACCACAACAUCUCUGUUUUCAUGCUGUCAACCUAUCAGACGGACUUCAUUCUGGUUAGAGAGCGAGACCUGCCAAUGGUCAUGCACACGCUGUCUUCUGAAUUCACUUUGCUUCGGGUGGUCAACGGAGAGACUGUUGCUGCUCACAAUCUGGGAGUCACCAAUGGCUUUGUAAAGCCAAAACUCGUGCCCCGUCCCAUCAUUCACCCGUUAUCUAGUCCCAGCAACAUGUUCUGCGUGACCAGCUUGGACCCAGACACACUACCCUCCGUAGCCACCCUUCUCAUGGACGUCAUGUUUUACUCUGGAGGGCCAAAGGAGCCGGGAGCAUCCAAUGAGGACUCGAGCCACAUCCGCUUCUUCUCCUUCUCCCUGAUCGAAGGCUACAUCUCUCUGGUCAUGGAUGAACAGACAACUCAAAGGUUUCCAAACAAUGUCCUCUUCACCAGCGCUUCUGGUGAGCUUUGGAAAAUGGUUCGAAUUGGGGGACAACCUUUAGGAUUUGAUGAAUGCGGCAUCGUGGCUCAAAUAUCAGAACCCCUGGCAACAGCUGACAUUCCAGCUUACUACAUUAGUACCUUCAAGUUCGACCACGCCCUGGUUCCCGAAGAAAACAUCCAAAGUGUGAUCGGCGCUCUGAGGACCGAGAGCACGGCGCAGUGAAGGAAGCUGGAGGAAAAACAAUGAAAACAACCGUUUUCAAAGUCAUUUCGUUUAUCAUGUCCAAAAAGUGCCAAGAGCUUAUUAGCGGACUACUGUUGAUCGGCUCUGAAAGGAAGGGAUCUAACCCCAAAGUGUGGGGUGGUGUAUGGAGGAGUGUGGCAGUGUGUUAGGGAUGCCUUUGUUACUCGGUCAUUUUCUUUACCCCCACAUCUCCUUCCUUCCUUCCUUCAUUGGCACUCGAGGCCUCCACUGCCUGCUCUGGUAGUUGUUGCUUUAGUUUACCGGACUGAAUAUGUUUUUUUUUUCCCUCUCUAAAGCUGCUUCUUCCCACUCCCUGACCCUCACAAGCACCAUACUGUAUUAGUUACAUAAUUCCUCUCAUGGAAGGAUGACGAAUGUACUCUCAAAAACAAAAGAAAUAUUCUAUAUAUAUAGGCAUAUAUCAAGCUCUCCAUUUUCUUUUUUUGUUUUGUUUUUUCAACAGGUCAUUUUUCAGUGCCAAGAUGUUUGAAUGCCUAAACCGAUGCCUUUGUCAAAAUACAUGUGUGCAAUUGAAGGAGACAAUUUUGGAGACCGCCAGACGGCCUGGUUCAGUCAUAUGGUGUGUUUUUGCUUUUAGUAGCUGUUGAACAUUGUUUUAAUCACAGCAAUGAUCUAACUGUUGGAGUCCCUCAGACUUAGAUGUUAAAUUCAGAGGCCUCGAGAUGCUUGAUCUAGUGAAACAUGAAAUGAAUCCAUCAUCCUCUUGAUGAAGGAUUAUUCUUUUAGUACUUUCAUAAGUAAUAUGCAUUCGCACUGUGAGCAACCUGGUUGAUCAGUCACUCAGAAUCAGCAGAUUUUAUUUAGGUAGUGGGACUGCAAGGUUUUAGACAGACAAAUCGGUGAGAAAGCACAAUUUAUGUAGCAUUAAUCAUUGAGUUCAGAGUCGUGUGUGAGAGUUGGAUUAGUUUAUGAAUCGAUUUGAUGUAGAGAAAAUAAAU